AUGUUAAGAGGAGCUAUAGCUGCUAGAUCGACAACACGAUUAAUCACUAGUCGGUCAAGCCACAUCCAUAUAACUAAACGAUUAUAUGCUACAGCAGAUGAAACAGCAACAACAGCAGUAGUUAAAUCAGGAUCAUCGAUUGGAAAAAAGUUAUUAUGGCUCACAUUAUUUACUGGUACUGCUUAUUCAGGAGCAGCUUAUCUUGCCCUAAAAAAUGAAGCCUUUUACGAUACUUUUACGACUUAUAUCCCUGGUGGUGAAAAUUUGUUGGACGCGUUGGAGGAUUUUAUUGCAAAUGAUCGCUUUCAACAUUAUUACACAAAGGCUGUUCAGUUUAAAGCCCAAACGAGUCAACAAACCGAGAGCUUUAAGAAGUUUGCAGACAACACAAAGGAAGCAGUUCAAGAUUGGUAUGAAUACGUAUCUGAUGUUAUUACUGAAUUAAGAGAUGGUACAGCACCUACUCCUAUCAAUAGUAACAGUAGACGCUCCUUAUUGUUCAAUAAGAAAAAGAAUAUAGAGGCCUUGUUUACUAAUAUCAUCUAUACAUCGGAACCUCAACCUACACCUAACUUUGCUAAUACCUCCAAGGAUAAAACAGUACAAGGAUUGGUCAUUAUGUUAAAUGAAGCAGAUAUGUCAGGACAUACAAAGCGCUUGAUCGAUUUUGCACGUCGUGAUAUUGAAAGUCUCGAUAAAGCCUUUGCACUUAUUCAACAAGAGGAAGAUAAAAUAAAAGAUGAUGUAAAUCUAUUGGGAAAAACCCUCAACACACUGGAUUCUCAUAUAGAUGAGCAACGUCAUGAAAUAAGUCAGAAAAUCAAGAAAGCAGAGACUUUAUCAAUGGCUCGUGUUGAUCAGCAUGCAAAACAAAUACAGUCCGAAUUGGCAGUUGAGAAAGCAAAGCUAGAACAGGAGAACAUGGAAAAAUAUCGACAUGAAUUAUUAACUCAACGUCAACGCUAUCUAAAAGAACUUCAAGAGGAGUUAGAGAAGAAGGCAUUAGAAAUCCAGGCUGAGUAUGUAACUCAGAUUCAACAUCAAGUCGAAAACGAACGAGGGGGUCGUUUAUCUCAAAUUGAGAGAGUGGCUGAAAGACAGAGUAAAUUAGAGAAAUAUGUCUAUACUGAUGCAGAAAUCUUGGAUGAUUCACGUAAAGCUCAUCGACUGAUAGCAGCCAUUGAUACUUUGAAACAUGCUGCUCUUGGUUUUAGUUGUGAUCCUACAUCCUCAGCUUCUGCAUUCCUUGCAGAGUUAGAGACAUUAAAGAAAUUAAGUAGUCAAAAGACACCAUUUGCUAAAGUAGGAGAACGCCAAAGUGAUGAAUUAAUCCAAGUGAUUACUCAAAGUAUUGAAGAUCAAGUUGCACAACAUGGUAUCACUUCUCUUGCUGCUUUAUCUGAACGAUUUGAAACAGUAGCACGUGAAGUUCGUCGUGCAUCGUUAAUACCUGAAAAUGAAGAGCAUGUUUCCAUCAUGUCACACCUUGUUUCAAUCAUUUUGAGUCAUUUUAUGUUCAAGAAAAAGGGUCUUGUGCCUGGAGAUGAUGUUGAAUCAAGAUUAGCGCGUGCUGAAUAUUAUUUAAAUACUGAAAAAGAUUUAGAAAGCGCUGCAAGAGAGAUGAACCAAUUGAAAGGAUGGCCAAAGCGUCUAUCAAUGGAUUGGUUAGAUGCUGCACGUCGUCAUUUAGAAAUUAAACAAGCUUUGGAUAUUUUGAAAUCUCAAGCAUCUUUAACUAGUAUGUUGCAAUCAAAAUAA